CCCCUGUCUUUGCAGGCUCUGGCCGCUUCCAGCCCGCACCUGGCCACCCUGCGCCUGGCCCACUGCAGCGGGGUGACCACUGAGGCCCUUUGCCUGCUGGCCACGUCCUGCCCACGACUGGUGAGCCUGAACCUGCAGGGAUGCCAGGUGGACCCCUGGGCAGUCACCGGCUUCCUGGAAAGGGCAGGUGCCCGGAUGGAGCAGCUCUCGCUGACCUACAGCAGCCGCCUGAGCGCCAUUUUUGCUCUCCUGGUGGGUGGCUGCUGCCCGGACCUGCGGCUGCUGGAGGUGAAUGCGGAGAUCAAGCAAUGCACCCAGCACUUCCAGCUCCCCAUUGAACAGCUCCAGGCCGCCUGUCCACAGCUGCAG